AGAUGUUACUUGACACACCAUUUUCAAAUCAAUUCGCGAGAAAUGUGAAGAAUUUUGAAACGUGAAAUACGAUUCUAAAUUGUGCCGCGUUAUUCAAAAUUUGAUAAGAAAGUUUUUCACAGUGUAAUUAACAUUUUAAGAGUGUACAAUUUGAUGUAAUACUACGAAUUUCGAAAUUAAAUAUCUUGGCGUUUAUUGAAAAUAUAAUUUAAGAAAAGUGUAUAAGAUUGGAGUUUCUUUAACUUAAACAGAUAUACAUAUAUUAAAGAUACUUAUAAAAUUUAUUUUGCAAAAGAGUGAAAAUGACGAUAGUGGAAGAUCAAAGUUUGAGCGAAACACUCGCGACAAAAGAUUCGACAAAAAUAACGAAAUCGGAACUAGACGACGUUGGACCGCUAAAAUUGAAGGUGUAUAAAAGAAGAUGGCUAAUGCUGGCCAUCUUCAUGUAUUAUACUGGAUCGAACUCUGCUCAGUGGAUAGAAUACUCGAUUAUAACUAAUAUAGUUACUAGGUAUUAUGGAGUGUCUUCGUUAAUGGUUGACUGGACUUCGAUGUCGUUCAUGGCAUUUUACGCGACGUUUAUACUCCCAGCGUUGUAUGUGACAGACAGGUACGGUCUGCGAUGGAACACCAUCAUAGGCACUGGCUUAAAUUGUCUAGGUGCCUGGAUAAAAACCCUUUCCGUUCAACCUGACAGGUUUUAUGUCGCUUUCAUCGGUCAUUCGGUAGUCGCGCUAGCUCAGACUAUGGUCCUGCAGUUACCAGGACGGAUAGCCGCGCAAUGGUUUCCUGCUACCGAACUCUCGACUGCCACGUCUUUAGGUGUUUUCGGCAAUCAAUUGGGAAUAGCAUUGGGUUUUCUCUUAGGGCCUAUAAUAGUGAAAAACCACGAGAGCCUGGAUGACAUCGGCAACGAUUUGUCACGUUUAUGCUGGAUCGUUGCAAUCGUCAAUUCGAUUAUAUUUGUUCUGGCACUAAUAUUCUUUCAGAAUGAACCAAAACUGCCGCCGAGCGAGACGCGGGCGUUGCAAAAAAUGAAUCGGACAAAGAAAAGAGAGCAAUUCAUGGCGCCGAUUAAAAGGCUCUGCAAAAACAAAAACUUUAUCAUGCUUUGUAAUUCCUAUGGUUUAAACGUUGGCGUGCUGAGUACCGUUUCUACAUUACUCAAUCAGAUAUUCCUCGUACAUUUCGAAAACGGAGAAGAAGAUGCAGGCAGAAUUGGCUUAGCUAUAAUUACAGCCGGUAUGGCCGGUUCUGUUAGUUUCGGUAUCAUCCUUGAUAGGACACAUAAGUUCAAAGAAACUGCCGUGGCUGUAUAUUUUCUUACAUUAUGUGGUCAAAUAUUAUUCGCGGUAUCCAUUUGCGUUGGCAUAAAAUGGAUGGUAUAUGUGUCAGCAAUUUUUCUAGGAUUCUUCAUGUCGGGAUAUCUGGCUUUGGGAUAUGACUUGUGCACCGAAUUUACGUAUCCAGAAUCAGAGAAUAUACCCGCGGGAUUUCUCAAUGUAAUGACCUGCAUAUACGGCAUUAUACUCAUUAUAAUAUUUGGAUUAUUACUGAACGCGUACGGUGAUAUUCCAGUGCACAUCGGCUUGUGCACGGUUUUACUGUUCGGUUUUAUUUUGACCGUCAUAACGAAAGACGAGCAACGACGACAAGAUGCGAGGAAGAAAGUUCAGUAUCAAGAACUCUCAAAAAUUAAGAAAAAUGUCGACGGCGUUCCAGAAACUAAUCAAUUAACUUAUAAUAUUAAUUAGUAGAUACAAAUAAUAUCAAAUCUUUUAAUACUGAUGAAUUUUCGAACACAUGUAAUUUUAUUCACAUUCUAAUUUUUCAUGAAUAUUAGUUUCUGAGCCAGAGUGGACUCAUUUUUUGUAACAUUUGGCCGUAUCAUUGCUUCAUAUGGCCAAAAGACAACAACAAGGAGAAAUAUUCCUUCUGCUGCCAGCAUACUUUUCUAAUAUGUAUGAAACUAUUUAUCUUUAUUAAGAUACAACUUUAGAUAUAAGUAUGGUUUUAUUUUUAUUAUCUAACAGUGAGUUUUAUUG